CUUCUUCAAGAAGCCUCCUUUAUACAAGGGACCCUUUUCUCUACUACAGAUUUUAAUCUGAGACUGAGAGAUAGCGAAGGCAUAGAUGAUGACGUCUCGAUCGAUUGUUCCUCAACAAUCCCUGGGCGAUGUUGUAGUGGAAGAUGGCAAAAACGUAGCGAAAGGAAGAAACCGUCAAGUUCUUGGUGAUAUCGGUAAUGUUGUUCGAGGAAAUUACCCAAAGAACGAGCCGGCAAAGGUCAAUCAUCGUCCUCGUACACGGUCUCAGCAUCCCGCUCUUCUUGUGGAUGAGAAUCUUAAAAAACCUGUAGUCAAGAGAGUCGCAGUACCAAAGCCAAAGAAGGUAGCUGGGAAGUCAAAGGCUGUAGAAGUGAUUGAGAUAAGCUCAGACAGUGAUGAUGAACAUAGUUUAGUUGUUGUCCAAGAGAAAAAAGCCACUAAGAAGAAAUCAACCACAUACACAUCUGUUCUUACCGCUAGAAGCAAGGCUGCUUGUGGUUUAGAGAAGAAACAGAAAGAAAAGAUUGUUGAUAUCGAUUCUGUUGAUGCUAAGAAUGACCUUGCAGCUGUGGAGUAUGUGGAAGAUAUCUACCGUUUCUACAAGUCUGUUGAGAAUGAAUGGAGACCAAGCGAUUACAUGCAUUCACAACCUGAGAUUAACGAAAAGAUGAGAUUGAUUCUGGUGGAGUGGUUGAUAGAUGUACACGUCCGGUUCGAGCUAAACCCAGAGACAUUUUACCUCACUGUUAACAUUCUGGAUCGAUUCUUGUCGGUUAAGCCAGUACCUAGAAAAGAAUUGCAGCUUGUUGGUCUCAGUGCUCUUCUCAUGUCAUCUAAAUAUGAAGAAAUCUGGCCACCACAGGUGGGGGACCUAGCUGAUAUUGCGGACCAUGCAUAUAGUCGCAAACAGAUUCUUAUGAUGGAGAAGACAAUACUGUCUACACUCGAGUGGUACUUGACAGUUCCGACCCACUAUGUCUUCCUUGCCCGCUUCAUCAAAGCUUCCAUUGCAGACCAACAGAUGGAAAAUAUGGUGCACUAUUUGGCGGAGUUAAGUGUGAUGCAUUACGAUACAACGAUAAUGUUCAGUCCAUCUGUGGUAGCUGCUUCUGCAAUCUACGCAGCAAGAUCUGCUCUUCACCAAACUCCCAUUUGGACCAACACUCUCAAGCAUCACACUGGCUAUUCCGAGACUCAGCUCAUGGACUGUGCAAAGCUAUUGGCGUAUCAGCAAUGGAAGCAACAACAAGAAGGGAGUGAGAGUAAGGGAGCGUUACGAAAGAAGUACUCCAAGGAUGAACGCUUUGCUGUUGCUAUGAUCCCUCCGGCCAAAGCUUUGUUGACCGGAAAUGAAUCUGCCUAGGAGUUUAGGAAAGGACACUUUAAGAAGAGGAAGAAGCUGAAGAACCAAGUCUGGUUUUAUUUUCUAUUGAAAAUCAAGUCUAGUUUCAUUAGAUAUAAUAUUUUGUACAAGUCUAAUGAGUCACUUUGAAUCAAAGUUCUUUAGUACA